ACCCGCUCCCCACCUCGCCGGCUUCUUUCCUCCUUCGACUUUACCUUUCUCGGUUCGGUAAGUAGCGCCGGGCCGCCGUAGCGCGUCUUGGAUCCGCCGCGGAGGCUGUGGCGGGGAUGGAUUUCGACGGAGGCAUUGGUGCCGAUCAGAGUGAGAUGUGGGAAUGGCAGAGUCCAGAGUUUGAUCUGCACAAGGAUUUGGUACCAGCUCCAUCUAGCUCCUUGUGGGCUGAAACAAACAGCAGUGUGAUUGAUUCUUGGAGCAUGUUCGAUGAGCAAACUCCAAUAAAAGAAUGUACAGACAUAGAUUUGCCCUUCUGUGAUAUAGGAGACAUUACUAUCAAGGACUUCGACGAAGGGAAGGAAACCUUACAAGCUAAAAGAAGACGUAUGCUGCAGUUCUGUCCAGAAAAUGUUGAGAUGGAGUGUCCGAUGACAGAUGUGCUGUUAGAAAGCCUGCAAGUGGAUUUGGAUUUCUCUAGUGAUGAGCAUUUGUUACUUGCUGAUGGGACAGAGGAACUACCUGAAGAAUGGCUGGUGGAUUGCUCGCAAGACAGUGUACCUGGUUGCCCUCCUGCAGAAAUGAAUAGUCCGCCUAGUGCUUCUGUGCAAGCCAAUAUCUCCGCUCUCCAGAUUUCUUUAGUCGAGGAGCAGUCUAGCAAAGUUGUGAAGAAACCUCCGCAAUCUCGACCUACACCUCUGAAAGCUGGAAGAAACAUUCUGAGAGCAAGGAAGCAGAAAGCAACGGUGGCGUACCCUUUCGAGCUGAUCAAGCCGUGCGGUUUCCGCGGCGACACCACUCUAAGGGAUAUAAACCAGAAAAUCCAUGCACCGCCUCCGUACAGGAUCAGGCACAAGUACGACGAUGAGCCAGUCUCGUACGAGGCCUCAGCCAUCUCCGGGAAACCCGUGGUGCACAAGACGAAGAUCCACACCGAGGGGGGCAAGGGCAGCAUCACCAUCACAAGAACGAGAGGCUAAGUCUCCCGUGCUGUCUAGGUAUAGCUGAUUUUGUGGCCAAAGAAUUGUGUGUGUUGCUGUUGUUGUUGGAUUGUGCUUGCUGCAGCAUUUGGCCUGUGUUAGCUUGUUAGUAGAAGAGGGUGGUGUGCUGCAACAUUAGAGUGGUGGUAGAGGACUAGAGGGUGUUUGUAGUCAGCGGGUAUGGCUAGUCUGAUUCUUUCUUUUCUUGGUUGAUGAAAGGUGGAAAAGUUGGUGUGAUCAGGUAAUUAUGGACAUAUUUAGU